UGAUACUUGAUGCUAUAAAGCACGAUCGAUUGCAACAACACCAUCCCCAAAACAGCAAAAGGGAAAAAGAAAAUAAAAAUAGUGAUAUUAUAAAUAGCGGCAACUUCGAUAGCAUGCACCUAUUCCCACAUUUCCUAAUUCCUAGUACCAAGCCAAAACUAUGUAAACAAAGGUGAGUAAAAUAGUCAUAAAAAAAGAAUGAGCUCUUCACACAAUUUCUCAUCCUACCCUCCCUUCUUCCGCCCAAACCAGCCCCAGCCCCAGGCUGUGGAAUUCGAUUCCGAUCCCCGCCCCAAAUCCUGCUCUCUUCCCAUCAUAGAUUUUGAGGCCUUGGAGGCGGCGCACCUGAGUCAGGUAUGCCGGGAAUGGGGCAUGUUCAGGUUGACCAACCACGGCGUCUCGUCGGAGCUGCUCACUCAGCUCCACAAUCAUGCCAACAAGCUCUUCUCCCACAAGUUUGAAUGGAAAAAGGGCAUUCCCACCACUCCUAUGCUCUACUUUUGGGGCAACCCUGCUCUCACCAUGUCUGGAAAUGCUCAACAAAAAGGCCCUCCUCCUGCAGACCGCCACAACUGGUUGGAAGGUUUCAAUGUUUCACUCACCAACAUUUCUCACUUCCAUUAUCAAGAUCCACUUCUUGAAUCUUUCAGGUGUUUACUAGAAGAAUAUGGCGCGCACCAAACAAGGCUGGCAAAGGCCAUAUUCAAGGGCAUGGCUGAAAACCUCGACUUCCCUCCACCAAAAUCAACAUCCUACCUAUCUCCGGCCACCGGAAUUAUACGCGUGUAUCGAUACCUCCGUUGCCCCGCGGCGGAGCGAAGAUGGGGCAUCCAUGAGCACACAGACAGCUCUGUGCUAUCCAUAAUUCAUCAAGAUCAAGUGGGAGGCCUCCAAGUUUUCAAGAACAAUCAAUGGCUGGAUGUGGAGCCCAUUCAUGACACCCUCAUUGUCAAUCUUGGAGACAUGAUGCAGGCCAUGAGCGACGAUGAAUACGUGAGCGUGACGCACAGAGUGAAGGUGAACAGGGUGAAGGAGAGGGUGUCGAUAGGGUAUUUCGUGUUCCCGGCUGAGGAUGGUGUCAUACACACCUCCAACUACAAGCCUUUCACUUAUGCCGAUUUCCAAGCCAAGAAUGAACUCGACCUCAAGACCCUCGGGGCCAAGAUUGGCCUUCCCAGAUUCAGGAAGUAACACUCAACCUCCCACGCCCUUAUUUCAACCUAUUUAUGUUCGUGUUCGUGUUCGUGCCCGUGCUUUGACCAAUAUGGGAAAAGGCCAAUUGGGGUGACAUUGGCUUCAAACUAAUGUUUUUUUCUUUUUAUUAUUAAAAAAAACACGUUUCUUUCUAUAUUCAUAGUUGAUAAUAGUUUCCUGGAAGGAAGUAGCAACUUUGGAAUAUUUGGGGUGUCCGGUGUCCCACAUCAAUGGCAUAAUAGAGCUUGUCUUUAGCCUAA